AACUUAGGACACGUUACUUUCAGCUACCAGAAAUGGAAAAUAAAUUAGUAGUUUCUGCAAACAAGGUUUUCAUCCUAUGUUUCUUUGGUAUAGUUUUGCUCGGAGGCGUAACCCCACUCCAUGCUUUAGUUCGUUGCUGCAAGUUCGAAGUGAUAAGGUCUUCACACACUAGACUAUGCACCAAAAAGAGCAUGCUAACGAUAAACGGACAGUCUCCGGGGCCAACCAUAUAUGCUAGAAGGGGAGAUUUGAUUAUGCUCGAUGUUGUUAAUCGUGCCGAUCAAAAUAUAACCAUCCACUGGUAAAAUCAUCAUAUAAUUAAUGUAUAUAUCAUAAUCUAGCAUCAAAUCUUAGUGUGAAGCAAUAGGUAAUGAAUUUCAGAGAGCGGCAGCUAGCUAGGGUCAGCUGAAGCACCCUCAAUAUUUAGCAUGGGGUGAAGAUGCCGAGGUAUCCAUGGUCCGAUGGCACGGACUUUGUGACUCAGUGCCCGAUUCGUCCCGGCCAAAGGUUUACACAACGGAUGAUCCUGUCGGACGAAGAAGGCACUUUGUGGUGGCAUGCUCACAGCGAUUGGUCUCGAAAUUCUGUGUAUGGCGCCAUCGUUAUUCUACCGCCGACUGCCCAGGCUUUUCCGUUUCCGAAGCCUCAUGCACAUCUUCCCAUCUUAAUAGGAGAGUGGUGGAAUGCUGAUGUGGAAGAAGUUUUCGGUAAUUUUCUCGCCGGCGGAGGCGAUCCCGAAGUUUCCGAUGCUUUCCUAAUCAACGGCCAACCUGGAGAUUUGUAUCCAUGUUCUAGACAAGAUACAUACAAAGUGUUUGUUAAACCCGGCAAGACUUACCUGAUCAAAUUAGUGAACGCGGUGAUGGACAACAUAAUGUUCUUCAAAAUCGCCGGCCACAACCUCACCGUCGUUGGCACCGACGGCGCCUACACGAAGCCGAUGACGACCGAUUACGUGGCGAUUUCCCCAGGCCAGACCAUCGAUGUACUGCUGGAGACCAACCAGCCGCCCAGCCACUACUACAUGGCCGCCAGAAUCUACGCCAGCGGCGGAGAAUUCGUCACCACUCCCGCCACCGCAAUCAUCGAGUACGUCGGAAACCACUACACGCCGCCGCCUUCGCCGUUCCUCCCAUCCUUCCCCGAAUACAACGACUCCGCGGCCUCCGUCGAUUUCACCGACCAGCUCAGAUCACUCGCCAACGACGUCGACGUUCCUAAAAUCGUUGACAAAACCCUAUUCUACACUCUUUCCGUCAACCAAUUGCCCUGUUUGAGGAGCUCGUGUUUGGGGGCGACGAGGCUGCUGGCGAGCGUGAACAACGUGUCGUUGCUGCUGCCCAAAACCGACAUUCUUCAGGCUUAUUACAGAGGAAUAAUCGGAGUUUACGACUCCGAUUUCCCUGACUUCCCGCCUUCCUCCUUCAACUAUACGCAGGGUGUGAAGGCGAAGGAGCAGUCGGGGCCCGGAUUCGGAACGGCGGUGAGAGUAUUGGCGUAUAAUACGACGGUGGAAGUGGUGUUUCAAGGCACCAACCUGGGCGGCGGCGUUGAGCAUCCGAUGCAUUUGCACGGAUACAGCUUCUACGUGGUGGGAUCCGGGUUAGGAAACUACGACAGAGUUAGGGGUCCGGCUACCUAUAAUCUCGUCGAUCCGCCGUUAAUGGAGAACAUCGCGGUGCCCAGAAAUGGAUGGACGGCUAUCAGAUUUAGGGCCAACAAUCCAGGAGUUUGGUAUAUGCACUGCCAUUUCGAGCGUCACGUAAGCUGGGGAAUGGGGAUGGUGUUUAUCGUGAAAGACGGGGAAGGCCCCCAUCAGAAGAUGCUGCCACCGCCGCCCGAUAUGCCGCCUUGCUGAUUUUUUUUUGGUUACUACUCGAUUCAAACGCAUAGAAAUUUGUUUAAUUUUUUUGUCCUCUUAUUUGAUCGAUGCGCUGCUUGUUUAAGGAUACGUCGACAAAUAAUCCCUCCGUCCACGAUUUAAUGCUCCACUUUGGUGUGGGCAUAUAGACUAAGAAAGCUGAAAAAAGUGAUGUGGAUGAAAUAUAAGAAUAGUUGACUAAAGUGAUAAAUGUAUUGUGAGUGGGUCCACUAGUGAUAAAGUGUAAUAAAUAUAGAAUAUAAAAAUGAUAAAAGUGUUUUAAGGUGGGUCCAUUAGUGGCAAAGAGUAGUAAAUAUAGGAAAAGAAGAAGAGUAAAAAAGUACAAAAAAUAAAAUAUGGCUGUCAUGACAAUGGGACUCGAAGGAGGAGGCGAAGCACUUGAAGAUGAUGGAACAGUGAAUUAUUUGGGAGCCGUUGGAGUGGGUGUAGUUGGCGAAGAGGGAAGCACCGAGAGUUUAAAAGUGGCUGAGUACAGGAAGAAGCGUUUUCUUAAGUUGUAGCGCUUUUUCUAUUUAUUAGUUUCCUUUAUUUACUUUCAGUUAUCCGUACUUGGAGGGGAC